CAGGCCGGAUGCUUUCCUGACGCAGCAGAAAGGGUAUUAGAUAGACAGCUUCCAAGAGCAAGGACGGCAUCAACAGCUCGAGCUCCAUCGGCUUCACCUCAAUCUAUUCGACUGCCUUCAGUUGAUUUGGAUAAUAAAAAUAGGUCAAACCCACCUACACCUUUAAGCAGUAAGCCACCUUUUUACACAAGUGUUGAGCGUGCAGAAAGGGAAAAGGCUGAAUUACUUGGAAAGAUUGUCAAAGUACAUAAAAAGCAGACAUUUGCAUCAAGAGUCAAACGUCGACAAUCUAGAAGAGCGCUGAACUUGGAACUUGAAGAAGAGAUUCAUACUCCAGAGGAAAAUGAGUACGCUCGUUCUGAUCCCAGCCGGGCUUUUACUGUUGCAAAAACUUGCCAUACUAACAAACAAUCUGUAAGAAAUUUUAUCAAUGAAAGGAAGGAAAUAUUUCGACUGCAGUAUGCAAUAACAGUAAAACAAGGAACUAUAGAGGAGCUGGAAAGAACAGCACUCCAGAAGGAGAAAGAGUUCAGGGUUGCUGAAGAAAAGCUGAAAGAAGAUGCCAUCGCAUUCGAGGAAUUCCUGAAAGCAAAUGAUGGAAGUUCUGCAAAUGCAGCUAAAAUUGUAGCCCAAGAAAAAAAAUCAAAAGAGCAAGCAGCGGGAGAGCUCAAAUCAGCUCUUAAUGAACUCCGUGUGGUUCAAAGACAAAUUGCAGAAGCUGAAGUCUGCCUCAAUGACUACUUAUACUAUGAAGCAUUUUUAAUGAAACUGUCUCCAAAAGAAUGGCAAGAUGAGCAAAAUGCAAAAAAGAAGAAAGCAAGAGUAGAAAAAUUACAUAAACCACAGUGUGGGCCAUUGCCUUCAAAGAAGCUGUCAGGAUCAAAUUUGGCACUACCUGAAUUCCAAUCAAUGUUGACUAAUAGGAAAAUGUCAUCACCCAGGUAUGACAAUGAAAAAAACUUUACAGAUUAUGAAUAUUUCUUGGACGACUUAAACUGUGAUAUGGAACCAGAGAUAUAUUUCAGUGAUCCAAAACAGUUACUGGAGAUCUUCACAGAUCUAGAGGAACAAAAUCUUGCAUUGAUUCGCGAUACCGAAGACCUAGCAGAAAUACGGGAUGAUAUCAAACAAACAACAAAAUCUAUAAAACUAAAAAUAGAUGAAAAAGUAAAUGUUCUAUUAGCACAAAAAGAAACUCUAGAAGCUGCCUGCCUCAGAGAAGAGGAAAAAAGUGCUGAGCUGGCUCUUAGGGCCAAGAUGUUUUCUUUUGGGGAGUUUAAUCCAGAAGUCCAGGACAAGACAUUGCAUAUGCUCAGGAAAAAGAUUGAAGAAGUAUACAGAGUUAGUUCUGGAGAGAUGGAGACAACACACAUUAGUGCAAUUGAAAUGCUGAGACAAAUAGAAAAUAGGGUUGAGGAGCUGUGUGAUAUAAUAGAGACCAUUCCAAAAGAAACUAUUGAAGCAAUUGAGAAAACUAAGAGAAAGGAAAGAAGACAAAGGUUGCGUGAAGAAAAAGCAAAGGAAGCAAAGAAAAUUCAGGAAGAACGACUGAAGUGUUCUCUGCAAAGAGCAAUAGCAGAACCCAAGAAAAAGGUGGGAAGACCACUGGUAUAUCGGUCAAAGCCUCCAGACCUUAAAAAAGAUGCAGGCCGUCAAAACAUCAUCACAAAAACUCAAGAAGACACAUGGUUUUUCAUUUAAGUUUGGAGAUUGUGGUUAGAUACACUAUUGCAGGGGUAUCUUUUUACUCACUUUACCUAAAAUAUAACCAAUUCAUAGCCUUUACUAUAUUCUAUUAAUGGAGAAUUUACCAAAUUCAAUUAGGCAGGUAAGGUUCUUUGAGUAGAUAUGAUAUCUUUUAUUAGACCAACUGAGUAGUUGGAAAAAAGUUCUCAGCAAGCCUUUGGGCUCAGUCAGCCUUUUUCAGGCGUAGGGAGUCUGCUGUUCUGAGACUCCAAGGAAUGAGAGAAGCUAAAAAUGUGGCAGGAUGUCAGUGAGAAUGUAAAUAGGAAGAAAUUAGAAAGACAAAAGGUGAAGCAGAGAAGGGAGGAGGAAGAAGGCAGGGGAAAGAAAAGGGAGACAUUACAGUGAUAGAAUGGGGUGGCGGGGGCUGUGGGUUUUGCCCUGUUGACUGGAAUGCCGGUUGUGAGCGAGCUGCCUGGAUCAUUCAAAGGGCAUGUUUGGACCUGCUUCCCAUGUCUACACUCAAUGGGAGUAAAAAGAAAAAGGUAAAGAGAGCACAGGUGAAAAGCUUCCGAUUUGAUAAAGGGUACAACAUGUUGUAGUGAGUCCUGCUGCCAUCCCUGACCGCUGGUGUGGGAUCAAGCUCUGCUGGUACAAUGCCUCGGUAGGCUCGGUCAGAAGUCUCUGUAUGCUUAGGGAACAUGAAUGAUGGCAUUUUCCACGCUCCCACCCUUGCGAUAAAGCGGCAGUUUGCCGUACCAGUACUGCAUAUGGCAGCCUGCAAUCCUCUCUUCCUUCACCCCCGCUGCUCCAUGGCCGCGGCAGCAGCUCUGCCCUUUGGCCCGCCGCUGCCCCGUGGUCUGUGGCGGCGGCUCCACACUCUGGGCCGCCGCCCCACACUCCACGGAAGUUCCGCACUCUGGGCUGCCGCCGCAGCUCCGCGGGGGCGGCUCCGCACUCUGGGCUG